AUGAAGCUGACUACCGGCGCUCUCGCUGUCCUUGCAGUCCUCGGAACUGCAACGGCCCAACAGCCACUUCGUGAUCCAAUCGGUACAGGUCCGCCACUCGAACUUGUGCACCUGUAUUUCGACGAGUGGCCGACAGGUGUCGCGGUUUCGUCGUCCGGGCGUAUCUUUUCCUGCUAUCCACUCGGGCUCGACGCCACGAAUACCAGAUAUCAAGUCGCCGAGCUUGGGUCAAACAACACCGAGACCCCGUUUCCGAAUACUCAGAUCAACACGCCUCCAGGAGGCGCUGUCGAUUAUUCAACCAAUCCGCCACAAUCCAAGGGUCUCUCGAGUUAUUUCAUCUCUGUUCAAAGUGUCGUUGUCGACCCGAAAGAUCGUCUCUGGGUCCUUGACACGGGUCGGGCACUGCUGAGUAAUGGCACCCUGACGACGUCAAACCCUGGUGGACCGAAGCUUGUUGGCAUUGACCUGACGAACAAUUCUAUCUUCCAAACAAUUCUCUUCCCGCCGACCGUCGCACUCCCCGACUCUUAUCCUAAUGACGUCCGUUUUGACCUGCGUCCAUCGGUCACUUCAUCUGGUCAAGGCAUCGCGUAUCUUACGGACUCGUCCAGUGAAGGUCGUAAUGGGAUCAUUGUGGUUGAUCUCGGGACCGGAGAGUCUUGGCGGCAUCUGAAUAAUAUUCCACAAGUCCGCCCUGAGCCAGGCUUCUACGCAAGCGUCUGGGGCGAGUCAGUCUAUAUGAAUCCCGGCAAUGGCAUGCCGGUCUCGAGGCUCGCAUUCGGCGCGGAUGGCAUCACGUUAUCUAAUGACGGCGAAACACUCUACUUUUCGGUUGUUUCGGGGCGUCAUUUGUACGGUGUUCCUACGGCUCGCCUUCGCGAUCGUGGUUUGUCUUCUGAACUGUUCGCUACAGGCUCGGUCAUGGACCUCGGGCAGAAAGGCGUCAGUGACGGGCUUGAGAGCGAUUCAAACGGCAUUGUUUACGCAGGGAGCGUGGAGACCGACUCAAUCGUCACUUUUAACCCGCAAAAUGGAACAGUCCAGACAUAUGUCAGAGACCCCAGGAUUGAGUGGACAGAUACAUUCUCUGUGUCAGGGAAUUAUCUGUACUUCACGGAGAACCAGCUGUUUCGGGGGCCCUCGCAGCAGGGUGGUGUGGAUAGGCGCGUCAAACCCUACGCGCUGUACAGAGUGCCCCUGCUGAACAAUGCGACCAAGAUUAGUCUGGUGUAG